GUCCCUCUUCCCUACCUCCCGCCCUCCCAUCGCGGCCCGCCUCCGGCCAGCGGCACCCGCUCCGCCCGGCGCUCCGCGGCUCCCGGCCCCGCCGCCUGCCCCUCCGCGGCUCCGCCGAGCCAGCAGAGCCGCGCUCCCCUCCCAUGCACGGUGCUGCGCCGCCCAGGGACCUCCGCGCUCGCCCGGGAGCCGCCGCUGUGUGAAAGAAAAUGUCAGUCAGCAUGCAUGAAAAUCGGAAGUCUAGGGCCAGUACUGGCUCCAUAAACAUAUACUUGUUCCACAAGUCAUCCUAUGCUGAUAGUGUCCUUACUCACCUGAACCUUCUGCGCCGGCAGCGUCUCUUUACAGAUGUACUUCUCCAUGCUGGGAACAGGUCAUUCCCCUGCCACAGAGCAGUUCUAGCUGCUUGUAGCCGCUAUUUUGAAGCAAUGUUCAGCGGAGGACUGAAAGAGAGCCAGGACAGUGAAGUCAACUUUCAUAAUUCGAUUCACCCAGAAGUGUUGGAGCUUCUUCUGGACUAUGCCUAUUCCUCCAGGGUUAUCAUCAAUGAGGAGAAUGCAGAGUCACUGCUGGAGGCUGGUGACAUGCUGGAGUUUCAGGACAUUCGGGAUGCUUGUGCAGAAUUUUUGGAGAAAAACCUCCACCCCACCAACUGUCUUGGCAUGCUGCUGCUGUCGGAUGCUCACCAGUGUACCAAGCUGUAUGAGCUCUCUUGGAGGAUGUGCCUUAGCAACUUCCAGAGUAUCAGUAAAAGUGAAGACUUCCUCCAGCUACCAAAAGACAUGGUAGUGCAGCUCCUUUCCAGUGAAGAAUUAGAAACUGAAGAUGAAAGGCUGGUGUAUGAAUCAGCUAUCAACUGGGUCAACUAUGACCUGAGUAAGCGUCACUGUUACCUGCCAGAGCUAUUGCAGACAGUGAGACUGGCCCUCUUGCCAGCCAUAUACCUUAUGGAGAAUGUGGCCAUGGAAGAACUUAUCACCAAGCAAAAGAAAAGCAAGGAGAUUGUAGAAGAAUCAAUAAGAUGCAAGUUAAAGAUCUUACAGAAUGAUGGAGUCGUCACUAGCUUGUGUGCCAGACCCCGUAAAACAGGCCAUUCACUUUUUCUUUUGGGUGGCCAAACCUUUAUGUGUGACAAGCUGUAUCUAGUGGAUCAAAAGGCAAAAGAGAUCAUUCCAAAGGCUGAUAUACCAAGUCCACGGAAAGAGUUCAGUGCUUGUGCGAUAGGCUGCAAAGUGUAUAUCACUGGGGGACGAGGAUCAGAAAAUGGAGUCUCCAAAGACGUGUGGGUGUAUGACACCCUUCAUGAGGAGUGGUCGAAGGCUGCUCCCAUGCUGGUAGCUAGGUUUGGGCAUGGCUCUGCUGAGCUUAAGCACUGUUUGUAUGUGGUAGGAGGACACACUGCAGCAACUGGUUGCCUUCCAGCUUCCCCUUCAGUAUCCUUAAAGCAAGUAGAACAAUAUGACCCUGUGACCAACAAAUGGACCAUGGUUGCCCCACUGCGAGAGGGAGUAAGCAAUGCAGCUGUGGUCAGUGCAAAGCUGAAGCUGUUUGCUUUUGGAGGUACCAGCGUUAGCCACGACAAGCUGCCCAAAGUUCAGUGCUAUGAUCAGUGUGAAAACAGAUGGACAGUACCAGCCACCUGCCCUCAGCCCUGGCGCUACACAGCUGCAGCUGUUCUGGGUAACCAGAUUUUUAUUAUGGGUGGAGAUACUGAAUUCUCUGCAUGCUCUGCUUACAAAUUCAACAGUGAGGCAUACCAAUGGACUAAGGUAGGAGAUGUGACAGCUAAGCGAAUGAGCUGCCAUGCAGUGGCAUCUGGAAACAAAUUGUAUGUGGUUGGAGGCUACUUUGGCAUUCAGAGGUGCAAAACACUGGACUGUUAUGAUCCCACAUUAGAUGUAUGGAACAGCAUAACAACUGUGCCCUAUUCACUAAUUCCCACGGCAUUUGUCAGCACAUGGAAGCACCUCCCCUCCUAAUUGUGUAUAUGUUGCAAUUACAAAUUAUCAGUUUGCUUCUUUGUUUGGAGAAGAGAAUUGGAACCUCAGAUCUGGAGAAGUGAUUUUAAUGAAGAAUCGUUUGGCAUCUCUUGCAUUUGAAGAAAAUCCUCUGCAUCUUGUAAAGUAUACAACCUAGACAUGAAGGAAUGGGAGAAAAAUACCCACGUGUCUUCAGUGCUUCAAUACAUGGUUUACAUAUGAAUGGACAAACCCGUGCUCUGGUUCUUGUGUUAAUAAUUGUGGAUUAAUGCCAAUAUUAAUCAGUCCUUCAAAGGCGAGAAAGAAGAGACAGAACUUCUCUGAGCUGUGCAUCGUGCAGCACUCAAUUUCCAUGGACUCCACUAUUUUUAUGUGAAAUUCGAAAUGGUUGUCACCUCUCUUUGCUGUUGUUUGAAAUGUCAGCUGGAGGAGAAGCAGGCCAGGUCUGAAACAGCAAGAUGCUGCUGUGACUGAGGAUACAGCAGUAUUGCUGCUGAACUCUGCUGACUGGAGAGUACUUGUCUGUGGGCAGUGCCUACAGCAUCAUUUAGACCUUGUGUUGCAUUACCCUGUGUGCUUCGUAAGGAACAGUCCAGUGGUGAAAUGUUUUUGCAAUAGUGGGGAACAAAAGUUACAUCCCUCCAAUACUCCUUGUUCCUAUUCUUCCUUGUAUUUAUAAGUAGUUCAAACUGUCCUACUCCUAUUUUGUUACUUGUUGUAGAUAUAGUUAUUUAUUGUUCAGUACUUGCAUGCUGAAACAAUGCCUGCAAUUGUCUUCAUGUUGCAAGGACUUGUGUGAAUUGUAUGUUUUGCACAUAUUGUGAUUGCUGACUUGCUCUGCUGCACAAAGGAAGAAAACUGUUGGGUAACAGUUGGAGGUGGGAGGGAGGAGUGGCUUUCCAGUUGGAAAUGGAAGGAUUAUAAGACAGGAUCUUAAAUCACACAUGUACUAAGGGAAGAAGCCAUGGAGGUCACUUUCUCAGGCCACCAGCUUCCCAGGUUGCAUGUGGUGUGUCUUAUAGAUGGUGUCCUUGCAACAUUUCAUUUGUUGGUCAUGCCUUUCAAUUUCUAAUCUGGAAAUAGCCAAAGUCUCUUGCAAUUCUCUCUUUGUGCAGCUUCCCAAUUGCAAUGCAAAUACUGUGGAAGAGCUUCUGGAUACCCAGCCCAGAUGAAGUCAUUGUUCAAACUUAUUUAUUUAUUUAUUGGGUUGGAGAAGGGUUACCUACAAUAUAGUCACAUUGUCAUGAAGGAGUGGAGAAUGGUGAUUCAAGAAUAAAAACAAACAAACCUCAAGAUAGGUUAGUGAUGAAGUCUUUAAAAAAGGGAGAAGAAAGAGCAGCAAUUUUGCACUGACUGGAUUGCCUCAUCCAUCUGGAUCUCAGAUGGUAAUCUGAGUGGCCAGAUGUCAAAGAUGCAAGUGCUCUAGAAAAAUUCUUAUGGGGAUAAAAGAUGAAUUUCAAACCUCUAAAAAAAAAAAAAGCCCUCAAACUCUUCUGCUUUUUAUUUUCCUUAUCCAGGUGUGUCAUUAGUCACUUGGUUACUCAAAGUGUCAGAUGCAAUCCUGAGAAACCAAACUCUGAUUUUUAAAUAAAAUUGUUUCUUAUCAUUCUGGUAUUUAGACAGAGAUGAAACUACUCUUUUUCUUCAGAAUUUCAGAAGCUUGUGUUUCACAGGUACUUUCUUUGCCAGAUCCUGUAAUGAAGCAUGUCUUGUAUUGUUUGUUUUUUUUUUUUUUUUAAAUGUUUCUGAAGCCCGUCUUAACUGGCACAUUCAGUAACAUGGUUGGUGUGUGCUGUGGUGUAAGUAAACAGCUGCAUGCGUGCAUGCAAAACAAAAAUAGUCACACUGGUGAUGCUUGCCUUUCUCUCUGUGACAGUGAUAUUGCUGUAUUUGUGAAAGCUUUGUCAUCUGAAAGUGUUUACAUUGGUCACUGGAAGUUUCUCUGUGCUGCCUUACAUUUGAUUUGCUGUUUGGAGUAGACUUACAUUUCAGAAAUAAAGUAUUUGGAGUCCUGUGAAUGCCGACAGAACAUUGAUUAGUUAGUGAAGGCAUUAACAGUUUUUUAAAAAGGUGAGGUCCUAGUUUUUUAAAAAGGUGAGCUAGAUGUGAUAAAAUUCUAGUUCUGUUGGUUAAACUGAUUCCUUGAGAUGAUAGAUUUAAAAGGUGUUUAAACCCACAACCUCUCCACCCUCAUCCCCCCCUUAGAUGGCCUUUAAGCAAUAGGAAAACAGAUAGGGUAGAUCUCUGUUCUAUAUCCCUGUAUUUGCACAGGUUGCCAUGUUGAAGCAAACAACCUUGAUUUUUUGUUGCCUUUUAUCUUGUGGAUCACUGUCAGGAGUGUGAAGGGAGCCGUAAAGUCAGACUUCCUGUGCUUUGCUUGUCCUCUCCCCAGGCACUAGCAGCUACAUGAGAUACAAGGAAGUAAAGAACCAGGUCCCCAGGGGCCUCCUUCUUUGAAUAAGGAUAUAUAGCUUUGAGACCUGUAUGCUCUGUCAAGCUGAUUAGAGUCCAGAGGUGGACGCCCUGCGUCUAUCUAUUUAGCUUAUGAAAUGUGGUUUGUAGUCCUAUGGAACCUCCAAAAGUGGGAUGAAUUUUCUGCAGCUGUUUUCAAAGUUGUGGUCUGCUUUCAAGUCCUCAGUUAAUUCCUGUGUGUAGGCUGAAGGAAGCUGAAGUCAGGGUGGGCCUCUGCCUCUGCAGGGAAUACACUAGCCUCUUGCUCUUUGAAUUGAUGUGGGAAUCCUGGCUAACUGUUUGACCAUUCCAGUCCUGUAAAGCACCCCACACUUGGAAGCAAAUGCAGUUCACAGGGAAGUGCACACAAAACCUCUGGCAUAAGAGGGGGAGGUUCCUCUUAUUUUGCAGGCUGGUUGCUAUAGAAACAUUUAACAAAGGACAGCCUUCCUCUUCUGGUAUAAUUGUGCAGCCCCUUUUCCAUACGUCUGACACCUGUCGGAAUAAGUGUGAUUAGAACAGAAUAAUUUCCUGACCAUUGAAGAUGUGGUUCAUGUGCUAAAAGAAAACUCUGCAAGUGAAGAAGUAAAAUUGUGUAUGUUCUUUGCUACUACGUCUUAAGAUUUUGUAAAACUCAUAUUUUUUUCACAAUGUGAAACUGAAGGUCAAUAAAUUAUUAGAGAUUACCUCUC